GAGAAAAAAAAAAACUCGUGACUCGUGCACUCGUGGUUGGCGUCAAAUUUAUUUAUUUAUUUAUCCAAGGCACCGCUUCUCUUUGUUUAUUAUUAAUUUAAAGUUUUUUCUAAAAACAACAUGGAUUUUUGGAAUGAAUUUUUAAAGAGCAUUGAUGAUUUAAAACUUGGUUUUUUCGUUGCUUUGGCAUUGGGCUAUGGACUCUACAGGUUAUCCAAGAUAACAAUUAAACCUGAAACGACGACAAAUGAUAAUGACAUGAUGAUUGAUGAUACAAAUGGAGAAUACAAGAUGGUAUUGGUCAUCAGAAAUGAUUUAAAAAUGGGAAAAGGAAAAGUAGCUGCUCAAUGUGCACAUGCUGCUGUUGCUGGUUAUGCUGCUGCAAUGAAAAUACCAAAAUAUUUACAAGCCUGGGAAGAAUCUGGACACAAAAAAAUAACUCUCAAGGUUGAUAGUGUUGAAGAAUUAGAUAAAAUUAAAAAAGAAGCUAAGAAAAAAGGUUUAAUUGCUGUUACUAUUCAAGAUGCUGGACGUACACAAAUUGCUGCUGGAUCAAAAACAGUUUGUUGUGUUGGUCCAGGUCCAGAUGAGCUUGUUGAUGAAGUUACUGGACAUUUAAAAUUGUAUUAAAUUGACAUUGAUACAUCAUCAUCAUCAACAACAACAUCAAUAAAAUUGAACAAAAUAAAACGAACAAAAGUAAAAAAUUAUUAUAUAACAAUUUUAAUAUUUUAUUAUUGAAAUACUGAAUCUUUUUAAGUUUAUCUCAAUUUAUUUUGUAUUCUAUUUUAUUAUAAUAGCAAUAAAAAAUAAUAUAUAAUUAAA